UUGAAUGAUAUUCAAAUGGUAGGUCCGAUGGUACAAGACGAUCUUUUGUCUAUUCUUUUAAGGUUCAGACAACAUAAGUAUGUUAUCGUCGCUGACAUAGAGAAAAUGUACCGAAAAAUACUUGUUCAUCCUGAUGAUAGAUACCUGCAGCAUAUAUUAUGGCGUGAUAACCCAUCUCAAUCCCUUAGAGCUUUCCAAUUAAAUACUGUAACAUAUGGUACCGCGAGUGCACCAUUUCUCGCUACAAGAUGUCUGAAACAAUUGGGACUCGAAUGUCAAGACCACCAGAUAGCAGAAGUCAUUCUCCAUGAUUUUCUCGUCGAUGAUUUGUUGAGUGGGGGGGAUGAUCUGAGUGUAGUGAGGAAUAUUCGCGAAAAAGUAAUAACCACACUAGGCUCAGCUGGUUUAUUCCUACGAAAGUGGAAGUCUAAUGAGCCUCAAUUAAUUUCAGAGUCUGCAACAGAAGCCUCGCAUAAUCUUAAUGUUGGGGGGAAUGAGCCAAGUAAGACCUUAGGUUUAGGUUGGCUACCUGUUUGUGAUGAUCUUUAUUUCCCAAUUGGGUUCUCUACUGCGGCUAACACAAAACGUACCUUGCUUUCAGUGAUCUCACAAAUAUUUGAUCCUUUAGGUCUUCUCUCUCCUGUUGUCAUUAAAUUUAAGAUUAUAUUACAAAGUUUAUGGUUGCAGAAUCUAUCAUGGGAUGAACCUCUUCCUUCGCACAUCCAAGCACUCUGGAUGGAUGCUACUAAAAAUUUAAAUGUGUUAAAUAAUUUACGGGUAUCACGUCAUGUAAUGAUUAACUCGUAUGAACAAUUAGAAAUUCAUGUGUUUUCGGACGCUUCUGAAAGGGCAUACGGUGCCUGUUUAUACAUACGUAGUAGUGAUCGUAGCGGUAAUGUAUUAGUACGUUUAUUAACAGCUAAGAGUAGGGUAGCACCGAUUAAACCAACUACAAUACCACGGCUCGAGCUUUGUGGAUCUCAAGUGGCUGCAAAACUAUAUAAAAAGGUUUGUAGUUCGUUAAGAAUUAAAGUUACGAAAUCAUUUUUCUGGACUGACUCUUCCAUUGUAUUAGGUUGGCUUAAGAUGUUGCCAAGUAAAUUAAAUACGUUUGUAAGGAAUCGCGUCGGAGACAUUUUAGAAAUAACCGGUGAUUGUGAAUGGCGUCAUGUUCCUACCGCUCAAAACCCAGCUGAUUAUGUUUCUCGAGGAGUUAAAGUCGAUGAUAUUGAAUCACUAAACAUAUGGUGGUCAGGACCAAACUUUUUACAGAAGUCUUAUACUGAUUGGCCUUCCAUUUUAGUACAAUGUGAACCAUUGCCAGAAAUGCGUAAUGAGGUAUGUUUACUUAACAUUGCUCAUCCAAUAGAAUUCAUUCAAUUUGAACGCUUUUCAAAUUUAAACAGACUACGACGUGCUAUAGCUUAUCUACUUAGGUUUAUUGAAUCGUGUAAGGGUCGACGUGCUGUAACUAAUUACCUUACUGAAACAGAAUUAAGUAAUUCACUUAACGUUAUUAUUCGUUCUGCUCAGAGAGAAUCUUUUCAUAUGAUAAAAAACAUCCUUUACUAUUAAU